AUGUCGUUUAAAACUCCCUCCUCGGAUCCUCCCAAACAUGAAAUGCAGUACUUCCCAAACAUGACCACAGCCCUCCCUUCAGAGUCCGGAGAAUUCCGUCGAGUACUCUGGACAGGCUUGUACUCUCAGCUAGUGCUUAUGACAGUACCAGUGGAUGGAGAAAUUGGUGACGAGAAACACACAGUUGACCAGAUCUUGACUUUUACAUCCGGUAUUGGCAAAGCGACCAUUGCAGGCAAAGAUCAGGAUGUCAAGGCAGGAGACUUGAUCAUCGUCCCAGCAGGAACCCAGCAUCAAUUCAUCAAUACUGGUCCAACGCCGUUGAUCUUGUAUACUGUGUAUUCACAGGCCGAGCACAAGCCGACAACAGUGCACCAGACAAAGGAGGAGGGAGACAAGGAGGAAGAGGAUGGAAUCGAUGUGCCGCCAGAGUGGGCUCGGAGAAGCAAGGCGGAGAACGAAAAGAUGGGUUUGGUUGAAGGAGAAUAA